AUGGAGGAUACGGCACGGUACGUUACUUUGGGAGAACCCGAGUUCGAGAAAAAAGACCGAGGUGGUGGAUUUUUCCGGAAAUUUCUGGCGAAAUUUAAAAGUUUGUAUAGACUUAUAUUCCUAACGUUCUUAUUAGUGUAUGAUGGGGAUGUUUCAGUGCAGAAGUUCAGUUGUCCGCCGAACGUAGACAGUCAAUCGAUUGAUGAGAGGAUGUUCAAAAUACGCUCAUCCAAACGCACGGAGAGUUCCGACACAUGGUCUGACACGACGUCUGUACAAGAAUCAAAUACGGAAACACAACCCUCUUUAACGCCAUCCAGUUCCACAUCUCAUGGAUCCAAUAUAACACCAUCACGGCGAAUACACAUGCCCUUCAAUCUGAACGCCGCCGCCAUUUCCAGCCUCGCCGAGACCAGGCUGUCAGAUGACCGACGAUAUUGGAUGCUGGAUGAGAGUUGUCGUCAUUGCUUUGAGUGUGGUUCUCGGUUCAACGCCAUUCGUCGGCGUCAUCACUGUCGCAUCUGUGGGCGCAUUUUCUGCCAUCAAUGUAGUAAUCAGAGUUCCGACACAUGGUCUGACACGACGUCUGUACAAGAAUCAAAUACGGAAACACAACCCUCUUUAACGCCAUCCAGUUCCACAUCUCAUGGAUCCAAUAUAACACCAUCACGGCGAAUACACAUGCCCUUCAAUCUGAACGCCGCCGCCAUUUCCAGCCUCGCCGAGACCAGGCUGUCAGAUGACCGACGAUAUUGGAUGCUGGAUGAGAGUUGUCGUCAUUGCUUUGAGUGUGGUUCUCGGUUCAACGCCAUUCGUCGGCGUCAUCACUGUCGCAUCUGUGGGCGCAUUUUCUGCCAUCAAUGUAGUAAUCAGUUUGUUGAAGGCCAUCAGAUUGGUAUGUCAGGUCUGCAGCGCGUGUGCAGUUACUGUGCGCGUGCUCUUCCCUCAACAUCCUCACUGACUCUGUCUCGUGUUGGAUCCGCAAAACACGUCAGUUGGUCCCCACGGGCAAUCGAAGCUUGCGCUGGUACUGUUUCCGUUUCUGCCGUCCAUGACAAUUCAACAUCAAGCCCAUUGUCCGCGGAUGCCACACUCUGUCGAGCAACUGUUGACGAGCAGCUCAACGCGACUCUUGAUUGUUCCACAGGGACCCAGUUAACUCCAAAUACUGAGGAUUUGCUUGGCUUCGGGAGGUUGCUUUCGCCCGCUGGACUCAGAAAACAGUCCGCCCCAGUCCCAACCAUGUCCAGUGGAUCCGUUGGGGGCCGAAUCAAUAGAGUUCAGAGUGCUCGUUCACGACCAUCAGUCGUUGGUUCCAGCACACUGUCCAACACACCACACCAACUUACCGGCCCCUGCGGGCGAGCCACAUCUGAUGCUUCGGUAAUGACAUCAUUGGGCGAUCUUCCACAGAGCGUCUGUGGUGAUGCGUCCCACAGUCACGACAGCCUAGAUGAAGUUUACAUUCGUGACCUGUGGUCGCGGAUGCUGGGCACCUAUUUGGCUCAUCGUGUGGACAAUCCAGUAUUGCCACCACCCCAGCAGUCAACAGCGCACAAGGACGGAAGACUGGACGCGGAGUCCUUCGAGCUGACAGGCCUGGGAUUGAAUCCAAGAAUACUGCAACUGGUUACAGUGGUUCACAAUGACAAGACAAUCUACUGCAUUUCCGGACUCAGUUUGGUCUAUUGGUUAGCAUCAAAUGUGCCGGAAGUACAGCGGUGCAGAGAAAUGGCCCGCCCGAUUUGUCAGCGAUUUAUGGACUUAUCGCUAUUGGUGCCACUGGGCGACCCAAGCCUUCAAGAGUUCCGCGAUGACUUCACUCCAUACGAAGUCAGACAGGUGCGUCUUUCAUUGACAAGCGUAUGCCGUGCCUACCAUAUCCUCAUAUAUGGGGGUGGCGACCAAAACUCUGCCCUCUUAUCACAGUGGCCGUGUUUUUUUUUGUUUCAGAUGGGAUCUGUAUCCGUCGAAUUCACGCAGAAAGGUGACCGUCGCCUUUCGUGGCCGCCCUAUGCCGGACCUCGUCUGCCCUACUCGUCCAGAUUUGCCAAUUUCGGUUUGGAUGAACCAGAUUGGCUUCGUGAGAUUGCAGACGGAACCGAGUUCGAUAAGCCAUUACCUUUGGAUACACUUCAUACAGGAUUAGAACGAGCAGUUGACGGGGCCUCGGAAGGUGCUUCGACGCAUUCGGCCCCUGUACUAGCGGAAUCAUCGUCUUUCGAGGUUGGCGAAGACGUCCGAUUGAUGAACUACGCCACGGACGAUAGCACACCUCUUCCAGCUGCUCCAUCGUGCGGCUUAAAAACUAUUUUGUCCUUGUACGGAUCGGAAACCGACAUGUCCAGUACUCAACCGUUUUCGCGUACUCGAUCUUCCACCAUCCCAGCAAAGCCGCCUUCCAAGCAAAUGGCUGGAACUACAGACUUGGGAGCAACUGUCAAAAGGGCAUUUCAUUCACAUAUCCAACGUUUUGUUACACAAGACGCACGUGACAAUCAUCUUGAUUUAAGCUGGGUCCCUGUGCUGAUCGAUCUCGCACACGCGGUUUGCGAUGUCGUCAGUUUUGAUAUUCGAUCUAGUGGUCUUCGACCCUCGGUGAAAACCGUCAGCGGAAGUGCAUCAGAGGCAAGUUCCAACACCUCUCGACGUGUCUAUUCGACGAUGGAUAUUCGAUACUACGUUCACAUAAAAAAGUGCCUAGGAAAACAGACCUAUUCGACGAUGGAUAUUCGAUACUACGUUCACAUAAAAAAGUUGCUUGUCGAUUCGAAUCAGGAGUCAGAAAUAUUCCCUGGCGUGAUCUUCACCAAGCGAGCUGCGCACAAAUUCAUGUCUAACCUGAUCAACGAACCGCGAAUUCUUCUGCUCGCUUCGUCGAUUGAUUAUCAACGGAUGCCAUCUAAAAUAACAUGGUUGGAGUCGCAGAUUAUGCAGGAGGAAGAGUAUUUGUCCAAUUGUGUCAGCAAACUGCUAGCACUUCGACCGAAGGUGAUCAUCGUCGGCGGGAGCGUUAGUCAUGUGGCGAAAACACUGCUUCUGAAGGCCGGUAUCACACUGUUCUGCAAUGUGAAACAGUCCGUGCUAAUUCGGAUCGCACGCAUCACCGGCGCUGACAUUCUGGAAUCAGUGGAUCGACUGAUUAGCACCAACGUUCCAAAAAGUGGCAACGCAUCGCAACGUGUGAACACUCCUCAGCUGGGUGUUAGUCAACAGCUAAAGGUGGAACAGACAAUGCUUCCAAAUGGCUACUCAAAAUUCCUAACACUGAUCAAGAACGCUUCAAAAGACUCCGUCACCGCCUUAAACUCGACACCUUCGGAUCCUUCCUCCCAGUCGGCCAGUCGCUAUACCACAGCCGAGGCAACAGUCCUUCUGCGUGGGUCCGAUCUGGCGGUACUAAAUCGGGCAAAGCGUUGCCUCAUGUUCACUCUAUACCUGUGCUACAACAGUCGUCUGGAGCAGAGCUAUGCGGCGAACGCGUUCAUCUACCAUCCGGUUGCAGUACGCUCAAUUGGACUCUAUUCAGACUGCGGUGUACUUCAUCAGCGUCAGGCUUCCACCGGCAGUUCGGCGGCACCGGUCUCAGACGAUCCAACCAAACAGGAGGACUCAAAUCCACCCAACCGCGACGGAAGUCCCCUCCGGUUAUCCACUCUCCUCGAUAAUCGACUGUUUGAUAUCUCCCCGAGUGUGACUGUUCCCCCUCCAUUCCUCGCAUCCACAGACGGUCAGGUGGCUCCGCUUGCUGCUUAUUACACGUAUGUGAUCGAAUGGCCGUUUGGGCGUCGAUUGAAUGACCUGCUGAAACGGAAGGCUAAGGUUCUCCGUUCAGAAUUAUACGUACUAGAGCAGAUGAAACGUCUUCAGAAAAUCCAGUGCACAGAAUGGUCAACUAAUGGGCUUCCGGAAUUCUUGACUUGUAAUUUGAAGUCACGUUCAACCGAAUUGAUCAAACUUCUGACCAACUGUCCGGCGAAGCGAUCCCAACUGCACAACUGCGGUGUAAUGGAUAAAAGCAUAAAUCUGAACGCGUUACUGAUGUCGGAGACGUUACAACCGGAAGAUGAAACCGCGUAUGUGAUGUUCAAAGCUCGGGCUUUCACAACACCAUACAAUGAUAAUGAGAGAAAUGUCUUACGCAACCCCAGGAGCUUUGCUACUGACCUCUUGGAGUUGAUGUCCGUGGGAAAGGACACCUUGAAGUCCGUUCGACAGAGUUUCUUGGGCGUUGUUCAGCAACAGUUGCAUCAGCAGCAACAGCAGCAGUCUGGCAAGGCGGCAGUCGGCAAACCCUCCGGUUCAUCAGACGCACCUCCUGCAGUUAGUCAUAACGAAUUACAGCAAGUUAAACAUUUGUCCGGGUUUGUGGCUUCUACGUUUAGCCCUUUCAAGUAUUCUGGUGACGUUAAUGGCCAAGAUUACCCUGCUGAAGUUCUACGUGGAUUGGAGUUUACAGCACUGUCGUACGGGCCGCUGAAUCUCAGAAUGAGGGACUUUAACUGUCGAGAGAAGCUACAUGCCCCUUCUGGCGAUCCAGUUACCCCCACGGGGGAAAAACUCCUCUUAGAUAAUGUCAUCCUUCACUAUCGCCUUCAACGAAGCAUUCUGGACCCUCGUUCACAACAGUGGUUCAGUUUCCUGACAACACUUUUCAGCUUCAAAUCUCCACUCUGGCCAGAGCCAUGCGUCCCCCCAUGGAUCGCUUCGGUCGAAUACUACGGACCGCAAGAUUUACCACUUGGUCUAUUUUUGGAAAAAUGUUGCUUUUCACAACAACCGUGCCGCCAUCCACACUGCAAUUGGCCAAUGAUUGAACACAUGCAACCGUUUGUUCAAACCGCUGGUGCGGUUCAACUAUACAUUCGGAAACUUCCGCAAGAUCCACCACGUCCAACCUGUUGCUCCCCAUCGGAAUCGUCAAACACGCGUCCGGAUAGCCGCAUUCUGAUGUGGCUUGCCUGCACCAUAUGCGGAACCAACUCGCCCACUGUGUUCAUGUCCGGUGACACAUGGCACUAUUCGUUUGUUAAGUUUUUAAACUUGCUGAUCAACACUCCGUCUGAAUGGGGACGUUGUGCUAUACGACCACUGUCGGCGAAUAACAAUGCGCCGGAAUCUUCCACCGUUCCGUUUCGUCAGGACGACCGAACUCCUUCGGUCGCGGGUUGCCAGCUAGCCUGUCCACAUUCAGCACACAAAGCGCUGCAACACUGUUUUUGUUUUGAUCGUAAAGUCGCUGUGUUCAGGUAUCAGCCGACUACAGUGUACGAACUGGUCAUGCCACCAAACGAGGUUUAUAUUCAUCCGUCCGCGGCGCAGGCAGCGAUUUCUCGCCUUUCGUCUUUGCUGCAACAUGACUCUGUCAAACUACGCACUGGAUCCACCGAGUCGAAUCCACCCAGAGAGGAAACACGAUGUAGAAAUUUGAAGCCUGGUGGCCAAGUGACAGACCUCGAAGCACCGAUACCAGCGUAUUUGCGUGAUGAGGCCCUCGAAAUUCUAGAAAAAUACUAUCACACUUACGCGGCCGUCAAAGCUCAUCUAAUCACUCUACAGCAAGACAAUUUGAAUCCCGAGUUCACUCCCCUACUACAAAGCUACAUCCACUUACUCCAGACACACUCUCGUCGAAACCACAUGGAAAUUCGGGCAGAAUUGCUCACCUAUCUGAUCAACACAAAAGUCGCAGAUGCCGCUCGUGCUGGUGGAGCGAAUCCCUCAACCGAGUCGGCGGACCUACCUUUCCCAACUACCAGAGCGCUUCAGUCCGCGGCUGUUUCAGACACUCAUGUUACGGAACAAGAAACCCAGUCAAUAUAUUCCGUCGACUAUUUGCGGGCAACCAGUGGUUCGGUACUGUCGCGCAUGACAACGGACAUUGCAUUAUCCGAUGAUGACUCAGUCGAUUAUUUGGAACCUCCGAUUUUACGUGUAAAAUUUGCCACCUCAACUGUGCAAGGAGAAUCAACAACGUCCGCACCAGCCGGAAACGAUCGUUCAGAUCCUAUCCCAGUCGAAGAUUCCUCGACAACCUGGUCCAUUCUUCUAUCCACUGUGACUUUGAGUGAGUUCUGUAGCGCUAGAGACUUCUCUCACGACCGAACGCUGCUACAUUGUUCAGAAUCUGAUGAACGACCUCAAACGUUGGAUCUACGGUUUCGUGGCGUGUUGGAAUUCAAAGUAAGCUUUGAGACUUUUUCGUUCAGUAACGCAGCAAAACACUGUUUCACUGUUCAUGGCAAAACUUUUACCAUGUUUCGUGAAUUUUCAUACGAGUUGUAUGUGGUCGCGGAUUGUGUAGAACUCACAUCCACAUUACGUUCGCUUAAACAGUCGUCCUCCUGUCAUGGCGCAAUUAUUCCAGUAACGAGUACCGAUAAGACUGUUGCAAUCCACUCAGGGAUUUGGCGGUUCAAAAUUGGAUUAGAGGACGAAUUUUCUGAUCGGAACGUCCGUGGUUCGAGUCCGACCUCCGCCUCUCGACUCCCCCUGUCUAUGCUUGGGCAACUUGGCAUUAUCCCAGCCCUCUUGUUGGUAUCUUCUGUUGGUACCGAAAAGGUGGUACAGCUGAACUAUUUUCUCGUCCAAGAUACGUCGUUGAUUUGUUUUUCGUUCCUUUUUGAAUCCAGUUUCUUGUGGACGCUUACAUCUAUUCUAUCCUAUUUCUUCCCCUGCUCACAAACAGAUUAUGGCAGUGAUGCUUCAGUCAACCAGGAUACCAACCUACCUGACGUUGAAAACGAUACUGCACACCUGCGGGUUCCCAAGCCGGCUGUCAUGGUCUCACCAGAUCCAACUUCCGAACAGAGUUGUUCGGACAUUCUGAUGCUUUCGAGUGAAACGUUGGGGAGUAGCCUUCCCGCAGAAACCUCCGUUCACGGUGGUAAUCUUGGUUCCCAAGAUCUAUUGUCCGUACACACUCAAGAGGAUGAUGGUGAUGCAACGUCUGCUAAACCGGUCCAUUUGCCCACGAAAACGAAAAAUCCGUUGCACAUCCUAGAUCCACUGAACUUAAAAGGUAGCGUACCGGGUGGAAUGAUAAACUUUUUGUCCUACUCUUUUUCACUGUCAUUCUGUGUUGAAAUUUCGAUAUGUCUGUUCCAUUUUCCGACAGUUAUUUACAACCCCCUGGAAUCAGCCCAUUCCACUAGUAACCCUGGCUCUCCCGUAAUGAACGGAAGGAUGACCAGCCCCAAAGUCGCAGAAAUGACGGUUCUGGCUGCCGCCUCCGCUGCCACAGUCCCCCUGAAUGCACCCUCAGGUGUACGUCGCUUCAUUCACACUUUGCUCCCGUCCAAUAACGAGGCCAAGAUCUUCGAUGACCCCUUUCCGCCCAAUGAACAUCCGCAACUCAGUUUGUUUGGCGAAAUUAGUUCCUGCUCUAUUUUUCAACGAUCACGGUACCCUUCAGCCCUUUUGGAUGGUGCUGAUCGGGAUCCACGGUCGUUGGACUAUCGACAAAGCUUGAUUCAACAUCUUCGGUUGGCCGCGCCGGACGUCUAUGUGAACGAUCACGAAUUGACCUCUAUCGUGGCCUAUGCGUUGUCCACUACCGAAUACGAGCGCCACUUAGUCGAUCUACACACCGAAGCAACCAGUCGGAAUUCGGUGAACGCCUCACUUCAGAUGGGUCAAUCGGCUUUGUCCGAGUUGGGGCCAACCUCCAAAGACGGCGUUUCUACAGCCACAUCGAUGGGCAACCGGCCCACUUGUUUAGACAAAGCGGACAAAAGCGCCUCGAAUAUGGUGCAGGUGCCUGUUUCCGCAUGCCACCCACCUGACCAGCCGAACAAAGAUGAAGGUGCGAAAGGACGUGUCACCUCGUCCACUUUUGUGAUCUCCCCUACCCCCAGUGGUUCCUCAAAAAACCUCACGUCGGUGCAACCCGCAUCCUCCCCGCCACCCAAUCCCCUGCCUGGGACACAGGCUUCAACUGGCACUCUUCCCGUAGCUGGCGAGAAAGUCCCGCAGUCAGCAUGUAACCGUCAUAUUAAAAUUCAAUUCUCCGACUCGACCACCAAUUUCUUCUGCUGUAUUUACUACGCAUCCGAAUUCUUCCGGUUACGACAGUUGUUGCUGCCACAAGGAGAUAUCAGUUUCAUUCGUUCACUGUCACGUUGCUUUCAAUGGAACGCUCGUGGUGGGAAAUCCGGGUCCUUGUUCAUGAAGACUUGUGAUGAACGCUUUGUUGUCAAAGAAUUGUCUGGAAUCGAAAUGAAGACGUUCCAUGAAAUCUCCCAGCAAUACUUUGAUUACCUGAUUGGAGCUGCCCUGGAACAGCGGCUUUCUGUCCUUUGUCGGAUUCUCGGAAUAUUUCAUGUCGGUUUCAAAAACUCGCUGUCUGGUGAAGCACAUCGGUUCGAUGUCCUGGUGAUGGAAAAUCUAUUUUUCGACCGAACUCAACUGGCCUUCAUCUAUGAUCUGAAAGGCUCAUUACGCAAACGUCUGGUGGAUGAAGCUAGCGCCUUUAAAACACCUCAAAAUGGGGAUGCUUCCACAGGCCGACCCGUUGCAGACAAUCGCCAAACACGUACGGACACAGUGCAGUUUGGUAACUCUCAACAACAACAACUGGCGCAGACCGGACGCCAUCAGACUGCGAUCCCCAAUUUGACAUACAAGAAGAGUGUUCCCGUGCUCCUGGAUCAGAAUCUGUUGAACGCUUCUGUUGAUGGUCCAUUGUAUUUACGCGUACAUUCAAAAAACGCUCUAUCCCAUUGCCUUUUGAUGGAUACCAAUUUUCUGGCCGACUUGUUCCUCAUGGACUAUUCGUUGUUGGUUGGUGUGGAUCCGUCCACCAAUCAGUUGGUGAUCGGCCUGGUGGAUUACCUCCGGAAAUUCACCUUUGACAAACGAAUGGAAAUGAUGAUCAAACAGACCAUCUCGAGUGCCCAGGCCCCUCCGCCAACCAUCCUCACGCCGGAUUUGUAUCGUGAACGAUUUCUGGUCCAGAUGGAUAGCUACUUCCCGCUUGUUCCGGACCAGUGCCUUCUGACGGAUGGAGAUGACCCAAGGGGUGAGAUGGCUCAGCGGUUAGAGCGCGAAUUCGCUGACCGGAAGGUUCCUGGUUCGAACCCGACCUCUGCAUCUCGACUUCCCCCGUUUAGUCUUGGGCAACCUGGCAUUUACUGUCCAGCGAUGUCCUACGAUUACCUGAACUGGCCCAAAAAACACGAGAACAAGCUGAGUAUAGCAAUGGCCUGUGACUUUUUCUUUCCCAAUGUUGGUGGUGUCGAGACACACAUCUACUCCUUGGCUCAGUGUCUCAUUCGUCGAGGUCACCGAGUAAUUGUGAUCACGCAUAGCUACGGUCCGGUGGGUAAACAGCGCCAGAGUGUUCGUUACAUGGGACGGGGACUCAAAGUGUACUAUCUUCCAUUGGUACCUUUCUAUCGACAAACCAUCUUCUUCACUCUAUUCGGUACCCUACCGAUCAUUCGAGAGAUCCUCAUCCGGGAACAAGUGGAUCUGCUUCAUGGACAUUCGUCAUUCUCUGACCUUGGUCACGAGGCCAUUUUGCACGCUCAGAGUCUGGGAAUCCGGACGGUAUUCACGGACCACUCACUGUUCGGAUUUGCCGACCUAUCCUCUGUCACAAUGAACAAAGUGGUGGAGAGUGUGCUGUCUGCUGUGGAUCACGUGAUCUGUGUGUCGCAUACUUGCAAAGAGAAUACCGUAUUACGGUCCAAGUUGGACCCGAAUCGAGUGUUUGUAAUCCCCAAUGCCAUAGAGUCAUCUCAGUUCACACCGGACCCCACAGCCAAAGAUCCAAACUUCGUCACUGUGGUCAUCGUCAGCCGCCUGGUUUAUCGUAAAGGCAUCGAUCUUCUGGUCGCCAUUAUUCCCCCAUUGUGCACCCUAUUCCCUGAGGUCCGAUUUCUAAUUGGUGGCGAUGGACCGAAGCGCCUUGAUUUGGAAGAGGUGCGCGAACGACACCAUUUACACUCGCGUGUCAAGCUGCUUGGCAGUUUGAAGCCCUCGGAUGUUCGCGGAGUUCUCAUCCAAGGUGAUAUAUUCCUAAACACCUCCCUGACCGAAGCAUUUUGCAUCGCGUUGUUGGAAGCGGUUUCUUGUGGCCUGCUAGUUGUCAGUACCUCGGUUGGUGGCGUCCCCGAAGUUCUCCCAGACGAAUUUGUCAGACUCGCUCCAGUCCGUCCAUCCGAUCUGGCCAAGUGCCUGGCCGAAGCUAUUCGUGAGGUACUCCAGCAACGUCGAAGCGUUACAGUUUCUUCCUCGCGAACCACUUCCUUGGUCACACCCAUCGACCCCUCAGUUCAUGCCUCGCCCGAUUCAUCCCCAAAUACACCCCUGUGUGAAACUCCCACAGAGCGCGCUUGGCGUAUGCACAACUGGGUUAAAAAUGCCUAUUCUUGGCCUCAAGUGGCCAGACGAACUGAGAAGGUCUACUACUCGGCAGUCGCGAGAGAGAAACUGACUUUUGAGCAGCUGAUAGAGCGACUGUCACAGCGAGGGGGGUUAACCGGUCCCACUCUGGUCGUCCUCGCAUGGAUCCACUGGCUGUUCCUUCAGUUCCUUUGUUGGUGGCGUCCAGAGCAUACUAUCAGUAAAGUCCCCUAUCUGGCCUACCCGGUGGAAGACACGGUCGAUAUCUCCGUCGACAAGCGGGCCGGUGACUCCCUUCACUGAGUUUAGCUUUUUGAAGCUAUUUUUUAAUUCUCUAACUUAUCUGUGAUACUACCGGUUUCCCACACAACAACCAUGGUCGUUCACGACUUCUCUGCCAUUCUUCUCACCUAUUUUUGCGUUCGGUAUUUUUUGCAUUUGCCAGUACACACCCGUAACUUCCCCCCUAUUCAGCAGUUCACCGUUCACCUGUAAUGUAAUUUUUCAUAAUUUUACGGAAUUAUAUAAUUUUG